AUGUCCAGCAACGUCGUCAACAUCAAGCCUGCGGAACAAUGCUGGUCUACAUCUGCGUCUCGAUUCUCCUGCUAUCAGGAAUGUGCUAUACUGCAGAAUAUCAGACGAUAGUUGGAGUUGAUGGACAGAGGGCACAGAUCUACUGUUCUUAUCCUCCGGGUAAAGAAGAAAACGACAAGUACUUCUGCCGACUCCACGGCUUCACCUGUGAAGACCUCAUUCGCACGAAUACCCGGAACACCUGGGUCACACGCGGACGCGUCGCUCUCCUCGACAACACCAGGGCUCGAGUUUUUACCAUCAACAUCUCCGCCCUGAGCCUGGAGGAUUCUGGGAAGUACUGGUGUGGAGUGGACGUCAGCAUGCGCCCAGAUGAAAUCACUGAUGUGCGAAUCUCUGUGAAAGGCAAACCCAGGAGGCAGAUAAAUGCAACAGGGUUAUCUCCGGUGGUCGAAGUGGAAAACAGUACUAGUCCUGUAACAGUGCAGAAAACAGAGGACGGCAGCGCUCCUGCUGGAGGAGAGAGACAGUCUCACUUCAGGUUCCUGAGUGUGAUUUCUAUGGUGUGUGUGGGGAUGCUGCUGUUCGUCUGUGUGUUCAGCCUCAUUCAUUUACUCAGACGCAUCAACAGCUGCAGCCUGUCGGUUUCUGCUUCGUACCACAUCAGAGAAAAGCCAAACUCAGGACUUGCAGAGGAUGACUAUGUGAGGAUGAAGCCUGGUGUUACACAGGUUACCUCACCUGUCGAGGAACAUCCUUCAAACCUUCACCCACUCCACACAGGUGCAGCCGUGAACAACAUGAACGUCCCUGAAAUAGACCCGUACUACUUAGACCCCAUUAGAGCAGCGAGUUCAGGUCCAGAUCCAGACUACAUAGAUCUCAGUGCUCCCAGACUCAGCAGGGUCUAUCAGAACCUCAGAGAGGAGUCUAUGGAGGAGUCAGUCUAUCACACUAUAGAUGUUUGCAUCAGUUAA